GUCCCUACGGCUCAUACGGCGGCGGUGCCUACUCUUCUCCUUACAGCAGCCCAUACUCAAGGAUGGGUUCCUACGGUGGCUACGGCGGCGGUAUGUACGGUGGUGGCAUGUACGGCGGCGGCAUGGGGAUGGGCGGCGGCAUGUACGGAGGAGGCAUGUACGGCAGCGGUAUGGGCAUGGGAGGUAUGGGAGGCAUGGGAGGACCCAACGAUCCGAACAGCCUGACCAACCGGUUCAACAACAGCACUCAAGCGACAUUCCAGAUGUUGGAGGGUGUCGUUGGUGCCUUCGGAGGCUUUGCCCAGAUGUUGGAGAGUACAUAUAUGGCCACGCACUCAAGCUUUUUCGCGAUGGUGUCAGUAGCAGAGCAAUUCAGCAACCUUAGGGAUACCUUGGGCUCGAU